UGAUAAGCAGACUUGACAUGGACAUGGGUACGGAUUCCACACAACCCAGAGGUCUCGUUAAAUAAACUAGAUUCGUAAUUAGAGUCCUCUUGCUGCUGUCUUCGCACUCGACUUCGAAUUCAUGACUGGCAUGGGGGCACGGUAUUGAUGCGCUCGAUACUGCGCUCAGAUCUACAGAAGCCGACUCCGCCGGCCGCAACUCAACGCUUGAGGACGGAACUUCACGCUUUGGUGUGAGACUUUUGGAGUUGCCUAAUUGGAACCGCAAUUUUGGGCAAUGACGGACUCUACAGCCUCAGACCCGGUGAGGGUGAGCACCAUCCCGGAUCCAACUAUUGUUGAUCCGUCGACUGUGAACGGCCAGUGCGACCCGACAGAUCAACAGCCACCCAAAAGAGCAAGUCAGGGGGAACCUAAAUUCAAGAUGGACCAGGAGAUGAAGAUUAGCGAUAGCGUGGAGGGGCAAGGCUUACUGGAGAGCAGCAUGAGGCUAAAGCCCCACGAAGCUCAAAGCUACCGCAAGAAAGCAUUGUGGGUCUCCUGGGUUUCCAUCUUUGUGACGCUGGUCCUGGCAGUAGCAGCUUUCACUGUUUCCUUCAUGAGACACAGUGCCUCGGCUUUCGGAUUCGCUUUUGAUGCCGCCCUGGACGUGCUGUCCUCCAUCAUCGUGGUGUGGCGCUAUAGUAACGCCGCCGCCGUUCACUCUGCAAACAGGGAGUACAUAGCCUGUGUGAUCCUGGGAGUGGUCUUCAUCCUGUCCUCUCUGUGUAUCCUGGGAAAGGCAAUCCAUGACCUGGCUACCAAGCUACUGCCUGAAGUGGAUGACUUCCUCUUCAGUGUGUCCAUCGUCAGUGGCGUGAUGUGUAUCAUUCUGGCCGUGUUCAAGUUCAUGCUGGGCAGGGUGCUCACCAGCAGAGCCCUCAUCACAGACGGUUUCAACUCCCUGGUGGGCGGGGUCAUGGGCUUCUCAAUCCUAAUCAGUGCUGAGGUGUUCAAGCACGAUCCCAAAGUGUGGUACCUGGACGGGUCCAUAGGGGUCCUGAUAGGCCUCAUCAUCCUGGCCUACGGAGUCAAGCUGCUGGUUGAUAUGGUCCCUCGAGUGCGACAGACGAGGAACUACGAGCGCUUUGAGUGACAGAAGACCGCGGAAGGGCAGCGAGGGCUCAGUGGGGGAUGGGUUCUAGGUUAUAUACAGUAUGUGUACGUCCAGUGUCUGUUCUAGGAUAUUCUAUCUAUGCCCAGUCCCUAUCCAGCUCAGCUCCAUUCUUCCUAGUAGAUCUCUCCAGUCACCAUGACAAACCUAUUGGUUGAUUUAGACGUCAAGGUGCCAGCCCAGUGGCAUUUUAGUUAGACCCAAGUGGUCCAUUCUGCAGCAUUCCCCCUGUCUCUCUGACUCCGAACCUGAUCCGUCCAUAGGAGUCAUUACGAAGUCAAAGAGAAGACGGAGGUUUCCCUCAAUGUUUCUCCUCCUCUGCCGAAGCAGGGGGAGGCGGAAGGACAGGCUGAAGAACGUGGGCUGCUGAGUCGUCAGGAAAUUAUGCCACUGCCGCUACAAAGGCACUGCACAUUGUCCACUGAUUACAGUCUGGUGUUCAUAUCUCUAUCUCCCCUUGGACAAGAUGGCUGAUUCAGAUAUGCAUCUCAGUCCUUAUGGGAUUUCAAUAGGCUUUUUCGUUUGUUCACUAACAAAUCAAAUCAAAUCAAAUGUAUUUGUCACAUACACAUGGUUAGCAGGUGUUAAUGCAAGUGUAGCGAAAUGCUGUGCUAGUUCCGACCAUACAGUAAUAUCUAACAAGUAAUCUACCAAUUCCACAACAACUACCUUGUACACACAAGUGUAAAGGAAUGAAUACGAAUAUGUACAUAAAAAUAUAAAAAUGAGUGAUGGCCGAACGGCAUAGGCAAGAUGUAAUAGAUGGUAUGGAGUACAGUAUAUACAUAUGAGAUGAGUAUUGUAGGGUAUGAAAACAUAUAAAGCGGCACUGUUUAAGGUGGCUAGUGAUACAUUACAUUAGGAUGGCAUAGAGUACAGUAUAUACAUAUGAGAUGAGUAAUGUAGGUUAUGAAAACAUUAUAUAAAGUGGCAUUGUUUAAAGUGGCUAGUGAUACAUCUAAUACAUCAAGAUGGCAAGAUGCAGUAGAUGGUAUAGCGUACACUGUGUGUGUGUCCCCAAUGGCACCCUAUUCCCUUUAUAGUGCACUACUUUUGACCAGGGCCCAUAAAAAGUGCACUAUGUAGGAAAUAGGGUGGCAUUUGGCACACACACAGCCUAUUUCUGUUUAUGACACCACUGCUCAAAGUAGAUGUGUUGCGUUUAUGUAGCCAUGAUGUAGUAACAGGUAAAGUAUAUUUUAGGGGGGUAGUUGCUACUAUUCGUAGCUGUAGGGCAUGUUUGCUAUCCCCCAAAGACUCAGCAGGGAAAAUGGAUUUCUGAGAUGCCCAUUGUAUUAUCAAUUGUAGACACAAGAGUAUGGUAUAGCAGUACAGUAUGUGCAAUAACAACGUGACAGAAGAAAGACUCUUAUCAAUGGCUUGAGUCCCAAAUGGCACCCUAAUCCCUACAUAGUCACUAUGGGUCCUGGUCAAAAGUAGUGCACUAUAGGGAAUAGGGUGAUAUUUGGGACAAAACCUGUAUCAUUGGAUUGGUGAAUAUGAAAGCACAAAUGUCCCUGUCACCAACUCAUGUAUGGAAUCUGUGUUUGCUGUAUUGCUUAAGAGGGUCACAUUAAGGGGUGUUGAAUAAAAGCCUGUGGCAGACCAUCAACAGA